AUGACGGAUCGGGAACGAAUACUGCAACUCUACGAAAAAGGCCACAAAAUCAGUCACAUCGCAAGAAUGAUCGGAGUGACACAUAGUUGUGUGUCAAAGAUUAUGACAAGAUAUCGCCGUACGGGUUCCAUGUAUCCGCGUUCCUACUCAGUUGGGCUACUGACGUCGCAACAAAAUGCACUGGAUUUUAUCGAAAGCACUUCAGAAUGCAGUACAAGCAGCACCUCUGAAGAAUGGACAACUGUCGAAUUCGCGGCAGAUUCCUCCACUCCUCCAGCAGUGAAAGGUGCUGAAGGCGCACCUUGUGACGCGUCUCAAUCGCGACAAGGGACGCGGCAGCAUGAACAGGAGCCCAUGGUCGUUCCGAUGUCAACGACGAAGAUCUCUGGAUAUUCUAUAGAGCGGUGA